GAAAUCUGCAUUCUUCUAAUUUGGUCAUCUCUGGACAGACGUUGCAGCUCCGCAAACCCUGACCUGUCUUCCUGUAACCCCAUAAGCCGAGGAGGGCAGAAAACAGCAGGGCGUUGAGGUUCUCAAAUUCUUUACUCGCCAUUCAAGAUGGAGAGUUACUAAUAUAGUCAGAGUUUAUACAAAAAACAACCUUUAGAGCUUGAGAAUAUCAUGGCGCUGUCAGACACAGAGUUCGGAAUGAAGGGCAGUGGAAUCCUCAAGGAAUGGAGCGGACAAAUACAACCGGCCCUCAUUGCAUCCUUCGUCUUCCUCUGCUGUCUGGAGGCUUGUUUUUGGGUCAGGAACCUCGCUCUGAAAAAGAGGCUUCCAGGGCCCUUUGCUUGGCCGCUUGUGGGCAACGCCAUGCAGCUCGGCCAAAUGCCCCACAUCACCUUCGCCAAGUUGGCAAAGAGGUACGGAAACGUCUACCAAAUCAGACUGGGCAGCAGCGACAUAGUGGUUCUGAAUGGAGACGCGGCCAUACGCAAGGCAUUGCUUCAACACAGCAUCGAGUUUGCAGGCAGGCCAAACUUUGUGUCUUUCCAGUCAGUUUCCGGCGGGACAGGCAUGGCGUUCACCAGCUACAGCAAGCAAUGGAAAGUGCACCGGAAGAUCGCUCAAUCCACCAUUCGUGCCUUCUCUUCUGCGAACAGCCAAACGAAGAAAUCCUUCGAGAAGCACAUCGUGGCAGAGGCAGAGGAAAUGAUUGAAACGUUUUUGAGAUUGAGUUCAAACGACCAAUACUUCAAUCCAUCUCACGAGCUGACGGUCGCGGCUGCUAAUAUCAUCUGCGCUCUUUGCUUUGGGAAACGCUACGGACACGACGACCUAGAGUUCAGGACUCUCUUGGGCAAUGUCAGCAAGUUUGGAGAAACCGUAGGGGCUGGAAGUUUGGUGGACGUCAUGCCUUGGUUGCAGUCUUUCCCCAACCCAGUCAGGAGUGUUUUUCAGAGCUUCAAAGCUCUCAAUAAUGACUUCUUUGUGUUUGUGAAAGGUAAAGUGGUGGAGCACAGGCAAAGCUACGAUCCUGAGGUCACCAGAGACAUGAGCGACGCCUUUAUUGGCGUUAUUGAUCACGCCGACACGGAAACGGGAUUGACUGAGGCUCAUGCUGAAGGUACGGUGUCUGAUCUCCUCGGAGCAGGUCUGGACACGGUUUCUACUGCCUUGAACUGGAUGCUGCUUCUACUGGUCAAACACCCAUCGAUUCAAACCAAACUUCAAGAGCAGAUUGAUAAAGUUGUGGGUCGUGACAGACUCCCAUCAAUAGAAGACAGGAGCAACCUUGCAUACCUGGACGCCUUCAUCUACGAAACCAUGCGCUUCACCAGCUUCGUCCCCGUCACCAUACCGCACUCCACCACCGCAGACGUCACCAUCGAAGGUCUCCACAUCCCCAAAGACACCGUGGUGUUCAUCAACCAGUGGUCCGUCAACCACGACCCUCAAAAGUGGCACGAUCCUCACGUCUUCAACCCGUCGAGAUUCCUGGACGACACCGGCGCUCUGGAUAAAGACCUGACCAACAGCGUGAUGAUCUUCUCCAUUGGGAAGAGAAGAUGCAUUGGAGAUCAGAUUGCAAAAGUCGAAGUUUUCCUCAUCGCUGCCAUGUUGCUCCACCAACUGACUUUUGAGAAAGACCCAUCACAGGACUUGAGUUUAAACUGCUCUUAUGGUUUAACGCUGAAGCCAUUUGACUAUAAAAUCUCUGCCAAACCCAGAGGAAGUGUAUUUAAUGGAGCAUAAAUUAGUGUGUGUGCUUUCAAACCCACUGUCUCUUAUAUAAUACACUUUGCAGAAUCAGGUAUGUGCUUUAUAUUUAACAUGUUCUAAGAGCAAUAUGGAACUUUAGAUUAUAAAUAGUUCCCUAUAUACUUAAAGAACAAGUGUAGAUAAUAGUAUGAAUGAAUGUUUUGAAAAGCAAAAGGAAAAAAAAAAUGGUAUCAUCAGGGUUUUAUACUUCUUUAAGACAAUGUUUGUACAGAAGUGCACAAAAAAUUAUUAGCUAUACUAUGUGCUUCCUUUGAAAACACUUUUGAACAUUGAAAACGACAAAUAUAUUCGAGUAUUUUUUCUAGCUGCAAAAAACUCAAUAUGUGUGUAGAAGUUCUACAUAAACUUGUAACUUUUAUCAAAAUGCUGAAAAAUGAUUCAAAAGUGUGGCUAAAAAUGCUUGUAAAUAAAAUGCACUGUUGACUAUAA